AGAGGAAGAGAAAAAUGUCAUCAAAAUGGGAAAACUUGGCUUUGGAAGCUGAUUGGUAGCAAAGCCCUUUGUUACCCUUAGCAGCUAUAGUUUUCCACAUCCCCAUCACGGUUUCACGUGCACAAGAAUUGCCAUCUUUUAUUGGAAACACUCCCCUGGUUCACUGGCAACCACAUGCACCCUUCUGCUUGUAAAACCAUCCCAUCUGGUCCCUGGAUCUCCUGCAGUUGGCAGCUGGCAGGGCGACGGAGAAGCCCUUACAAUGGAGCCUGUUCUGGUUGCCAGAUGGGAAAUCAUCUUGCCAGCCAUCCUGUGUCUUGCAGAAGCAGCACCCAUAGGUCCCGUGAUCACAGAGGGAAGAACUGAAGAAUUGAAGUCAACCUUCCCCAUCAGCAUCAGCGGUGAGACGGCAGCUAUGAAAACAAACCCUCCACCAUGCAUAAUGGACACUAAUGUGACUUAUACUGUAACUGCCAUCUCUAAAGGAUACAAAAUCUCAUUUGCUGCAACAGUGAUUGUUUCAGAUAAGACCGUACUCAGUUCUGGAGGAUGUGGCACUAUUAGCCUUCAAAUCCCUUUGCCCAUCGUUGGAGCCCCUAACACAACUAUUCUUGAUACAACCACACAAGGGACUAUUUCAGGAGGGUCUUUUGUCCUUAAUACAACCAGCCUUGGUGCCUCCUCCUCUCCUUUUGAAGAUACCACUAAAAAUGCUCCCCCAAAUAUUAUCAACACCGUUUCUGCAAAGACUCCUUCCAUAUUAGACACAACAAUGGUGGCUCAUAAAACUACUACAGCCCAAAAUGGAGCUUUGACUAUGGAUAUGUUUGAUUUUCCCAAGCAACCCCUCUCUGAUCAGGAAGAUGUUAGUACACAACAAAUGCUAGGAACAGAAAGUCCUGUUGGUACAAUUACUGGGAAAACAAGCUUCUCAGGCCAGGAAGAUACCACCAUCACUCCCACACUUAGAGAGCCUUCAUCCGAUCCUCAAGGUAAGGAGAAAGAAAAUGUAUGAUUUUCUCAUUCUGAGUAGAACUUCACUUUACUUGUGAAAAUAUGUUGAUUUUGUAUUGUCAAAGGCUUUCAUGGUCUGAAUCACUGGGUUGUUGAAGUU